CGUAAACUAGCACAUUGCGUCUGACAAACAGCUGAAGAUGUUUCGUAUUUUACUUCUGUUGCUAGCAGCCGCUUGCGAUUCCAAUCCGUGUCAGAACAGAGGACUGUGUGACAACACCGCUGAUGAAGGAUUUCCUUGCUCCUAUACAUCCGGUUACCAGGAAGUCACGUACCUUUACGACGAGGAUGAAUACGGCCCGCCUUACGACUGUGAUAUUAACGCUGUCUGUGAUACUAACACGUAUGGUAGUUACUACUGUGUAUGUAACGCGGGCUACACCGGGAACGUGAAAACGUGUACCAAUACCAACGAAUGUAGCAGGCAUAACGACUGCGACACUAACGCUGUGUGUUUCUACAUUGACGGCACCUACUCCUGCAAGUGCAACAGCGGCUACACCGGUGACGGCAAAACCUGUACCUAUAUCAAGGAAUGUAGCAUGGACAACGACUGCGAUGCCAACGCUAUGUGUUCCAACACUGACGGAAAAAACACCUGCAUGUGCAACAGCGGCUACACCGGGGAUGGAAAAACGUGCACCGAUAUUGACGAAUGUAGCAUGGACAACGACUGCGACGCUAACGCUCUGUGUUCCAAUACUGACGGCAGCUACACCUGCACGUGCAAAAGCGGCUACACCGGGGACGGCAAAACCUGCACCGAUAUCGACGAAUGUAGCAGGUACAACCAUUGCGAUGCUAACGCUAUGUGUUCUAACACUGAUGGCAGCUACUCCUGCACGUGCAACAGCGGCUACACCGGGGACGGGAAAACCUGCACCUGCACCAGAGUCUCACCCUGCAAUUCAAACCCGUGUAUUAAUGGACGGUGCUUGGAUACUGAUGUAGAUUAUAUCUGUAUGUGCCAGCCCGGUUAUGGUGGAAUGAACUGCGAAUCUGAUAUCAACGAAUGUAGCAUGGACAACGACUGCGACGCUAACGCUAUGUGUUCCAACACUGACGGCAGCUACACCUGCACGUGCAAAAGCGGCUACACCGGGGACGGCAAAACCUGCACCGAUAUCGACGAAUGUAGCAGGUACAACCAUUGCGAUGCUAACGCUAUGUGUUCUAACACUGAUGGCAGCUACUCCUGCACGUGCAACAGCGGCUACACCGGGGACGGGAAAACCUGCACCAGAGUCUCACCCUGCAGUUCGAACCCGUGUUUACACGUACGCACGUGCUACGAUCUGGAUGAAGACUAUGUCUGUGUCUGCCUUCCCGGUUAUAAUGGAAAGAAUUGCAAAACUGAUAUGAACGAAUGUGUGAACAAACAGCUAUGCGGUUCAACUGCUGCGUGUGUGAACACAGUGGGAUCCUACAAGUGCACCUGUCUGGCUGGAUACAGUGGAUCUCCGUGCACAGAUAUCGACGAAUGUAGCAUGGACAACAACUGCGACGCUAACGCUAUGUGUUCCAACACUGACGGCAGCUACUCCUGCAUGUGCAACAGCGGCUACACCGGGGACGGCAAAACGUGCACCGAUAUCAACGAAUGUACCAUGGACAAUGUCUGCGAUGCCAACGCUGUGUGUUCCAACACUGACGGCAACUACACCUGCAUGUGCAACAGUGGCUACACCGGGGAUGGCAAAACCUGCACCAGAGUCUCACCCUGCAGUUCGAACCCGUGUUUACACGUACGCACGUGCUACGAUCUGGAUGAAGACUAUGUCUGUGUCUGCCUUCCCGGUUAUAAUGGAAAGAAUUGCAAAACUGAUAUGAACGAAUGUGUGAACAAACAGCUAUGCGGUUCGACUGCUGCGUGUGUGAACACAGUGGGAUCCUACAAGUGCACCUGUCUGACUGGAUACAGUGGAUCUCCGUGCACAGAUAUAGACGAAUGUAGAAUGGACAACGACUGCGACGCUAACGCUAUGUGUUCCAACACUGACGGCAGUUACACUUGCACGUGCAACAGUGGCUAUACCGGGGACGGCAAAACGUGCAUAGAUAUCAACGAAUGUACCAUGGACAAUGUCUGCGAUGCCAAUGCUAUGUGUUCCAACACUGACGGCAACUACACCUGUAUGUGCAACAGCGGCUACACCGGGGACGGAAAAACUUGCACUGUACCAGGUCCUUGCACUUCAAACCCCUGUCAAAAUGAUGGAGUUUGUACACCAAACGGAAAUGACUAUAGCUGCAAAUGCACAAGUGUUCAGUUUAGUGGAAAGAACUGUGAGUGUGUCUGGCCGUGUGAAUCCAAGAGACGCUACUUCUACCCCGACUUGAAGAAUUCCAGCCAGUACAUCAAGUGCGUGCUUGGGACAAUAUCUCUCGGCACAUGCUCACCAGGGGAGGCGUGGAAUGAUAUGAGGAUGGUGUGCGAAUAGCCAACAGCAGUAAAAUAUCAAACUCUUUACAAGCAUACUAAAUUGACAGCAGAAAGCAUAAAGCAACCGACAAUAUGUUCAAGUUUUGAAAUAAUAUAUGAAAUGUUUCAUUUUUAAAGGCAAAACAAAUUUGUUGUAAAAUCA